AUUUUUUCAUAUUAAAAUAAUUGUAAGGUUUAAAAAGCUGCAGUUGAUUUUUGGGAAUCAAACGGUUUAGGUUCUGAUUUUUUAAAAAGGGUUUUUAAGCCAAGCAAGAGUUUUUUUAAAAAUAAUUUGAAUUAUUUUUGAUUUUUGAAAUACAAAAGUCGACAUGAAAAUCCAACUUUACAUCACUUUUUUGCUGAUUAUCAUCACGACCUUCUCAGCAACAUCAGCUGUAGACAUUCCAUGUGAAUGCACAAUCUCAAACCUUCCAUUUCUCUACUUUAAAUUUGUAAAAACAUGCACAGUCAAGUCAAAAUUUGAAGUCACAAAAGCAGACACAACAAUUGUAUCACUCAACGGUAAAAAGCCAACAGAUGAACCAAACAAGGAUGUCAGUUUCUUUUAUGUCUUUGCCAAGACUAUGCAUUUCAUCCCAAAAGGAUUAGAUCAGCUUUUUGCUAAUUUAACAGGAUUAAGAUUCGAGUUGACAAAGUUGAGACACGUGACCAAGGAGAACUUGGCGCCAUUUCCAGAACUUUUGAUGUUUUCAAGUGUCAGCAAUCAGAUUCAGUUUGUGGAAAAAGAUUUAUUCAUCAAUAAUCCAAAAUUAAAGUUCGUCAGCUUUAGAUCAAAUAAGAUCACAUACUUUGAUCCUCAAGUAUUUGAUGUUAUUCGACCAAAUUUAGCUCAAUUGUAUAUUGAUGGAACUGCAAUCACAUGUGGGUUCCCACAAGCUACAUCAAACGCUGCAGUUGGAAAGGUUCUUGAUAAAUUGAAGGAGUCACCUUGUGGAGAUAUUGAAAAUGCUCCGCCAUUGUAUCAGUUCUGGUUAAAGGCACAAGAAGGAUCCGAAAAUAAUGAGUCAGAAUGUGAAACUGAAAUAGCAGACAAAGAGGCUGAAUGUUCAGCACAAAUUGAAAGUUUGCAAGAAGAAAAUGACAAGAUUUUAGGUUGUCUUUUGAACCCUGAUCCAGCCACAUGCCCCACUUUGGAUCAAGUUCGCAAUUCGUUAAGAAAAUUUUAAGUUUUUCAUAACUUUUGUCACAGAUUGCAUCAAAUAAAUUCUAAGUUUGACUUUUGGAUUUAGAAAUAAA